CGCCGAACGUCAGUGUUGACAUCGGGAGGGCGGAAGUGGGUUCAGACAAGGCAGCAUGGUAGAGAGAGACAUAUGUCAUUAGCAGCUAAUAUUACCUCACCUCUUUAAAUGGUUUACGGUGUGAAAGGAGUCCGUUGAUCCAAAACCGACUAAAAUAUUUUAAAUACUCAGACUCGUGUAUUGGGCGCACGCGACUUAAAACAAAAUACCUAGAAAUGUCCACACCUGCGCUUACUUUGCUGCAUCAAGCGCUGAGGAAAGGCUUCCAGAGUCUCGAGAACAACCAGAAAGUAUGGAAGAGUGUGUUGGCCGAAUGCAGCCCUCUGAUGGUGUCUCUAGGGAACUUGGCGGAGCAGUCGCGAGCGCUGUCCAAUGUCCAAAUCUCCAACACGCCGCUGCGAUACUUCCCCGACCUGGAGGAACGGCUGCGUUUUAAGCUGUCUCACGCCACGGAUACAGUGCUGGGCAAACUCAACGAGAAGAUGUCUUCUCUGCAGUCUGUGAGAGAUGCCAUCAGUAACCAGGUCUUCGCAGUCUUCCAGCUUUACGAGCAGAACACCGAAGGUUUGGAUCUGCUCACCAUCACCGAGCGCUCGGCCACCGCGCCGUCAGUGUCCGACAUGCUGGAGUGGCUGCAGGAUGCCGAGCGCCACUAUCGGCAACAAUUCCUGAGGAGGAAGACUCUGCUGCUGACUCUGAGGGCAGAUGAUCUCUCCCGUUUAGAAUCUGCUCCCAAAAGAUGGGAAUCGUUGGAGUGUCCCAGUGCAGAGGACCGCAUCACAGAUACACUUCGCAACGUGUCCUUCUUUACCGAGUCCCAAUGAAUAGAGGAAAAGCGACUCAGGGACUUUGUUUUAUAUGAACAGGGAAACAUGCACGAAUACAGGACAAUUCAUUUAAUUUAUUUUUCAAAUAAACGUCCUUGGAUGAGGUGUGUGCAUGUACCAGACUUUAUACGUGAGGAAAUUACAUUUCAAAAAAGAAACUCUACCCUGUAACAUCAUUUCAUCCCCAACAACCCUGAAGCAAAUGUACUUUAGAGAAACAACCAGAACACACAACAUAGUUAGUGGAUCACACUGUAACAAACUGGUUUUAUUUCACACACAAUCAAGUUAAGGCUUUGUGACAAACGGGGGGGGUUUAAACGACGUCUGUUAGCCAGCGAACAACUGCUGACGAAACCACGGCAACCUCCACAACACAAGCCAUCAUUAAAGCCACCACAUCGGUCAAACUCCAUCCCACGAUGACGGCAACGGGCUUUCUUCAGGCACUACUGUUAGCCACAGUGCAGCAAACACACAGAAAAGUACCAAAGACACAUUUUAACGUUACAAAGAUAUAUAUAUAUAUAAAUAAAAUACAGGAUGGAUAUAUUAAUAAAUAUUUCAUUUUAAAGCUUCAAAUUCACAGACUUAAAACGUGAGGAAAAGAAGAGUUUUUCAAGCAGCAUCAACUCGUUAACUUGUUCUCUCUCCACCGUUGCUGCUGGCGUUCCGUGCUCCUUUCUAUACGUACUCCUUUAAUGGAACACUAUUCGACGUGAUGGGCUUUGGGGGAUCCGGCGCCGAAGCGGGCGUGUUGGCAAAGCUCCGGCCGAUGUAGCCGCGGCGGUACCUGCCGCUCCUCUCCAUGAGGGGGCAGGUGCUGCUCAACACCGCUCCGCUGAUCAUGAGGAUGACGGCGGACGCCCAGCCCAGGUAGAUGGCCUGGCCCAGCUCCCGCUUGUACAUCAGCGGCACGUUGGGGUUGUAGAAGUCCUGCACUACGGUGUUGGCGGUCCAGGAGACGGGGAUCAGCACGCACAGGCCGGUGAGGAUGAAGAGGACCCCGCCGGAGAGCGCGAUGCCGGCCUUGGCGCGGCGGUCGUCGCCGGCGCAGGUGGUGCACUUCAUGCCGCAGCAGGACACGGUGCACGAGAGCCAGCCCAUGAAGAUGGCCAGGCACAUGAGGGCGCGGGCCGCCUGGAUGUCCGGGGGCAGGGCCAGCAUGGAGUCGUACGUCUUGCACUGCAUGUGACCCGUGGUCUGGUAGAU